GGAUCCAGCACAGCUGCACUGCCAGGCUGUAAGCGGCUGCGAGCAAGAGAUCCCCAGAGCAAGAGAGCUAGAGAGCGAGUGGCGGGCGCUCGCCCUGCGUCUCCCCUCACCCCGCCGCGCGCCCCACUCGCCUCUCCAUCCUGCCCCGCUCGGCCCGGCCAGGACCCGGAGCGGCCACAGCCCCAAGCUCUGGGGCGGCGCGGGCAGCCUCGGGACUAUACGGCGCACCGCCGCGUCCCCAGACAAAGGCUUGGCCGGCGGCCCCGGCCCGCUGCGCCCUCGGCUCCCCGCCUCUCCAGCUCGCCGCUCUUCGUCCCCGGGCGGCCCGGCGCAAAGUUUCCCCUGCGGCGGCGGCGGCGGCUGCGCCCCGCGUCAGCGAUGGCCGCGGAGCUGAGUAUGGGGCCCGAGUUGCCCACCAGCCCGCUGGCCAUGGAGUAUGUCAAUGACUUCGACCUGCUCAAGUUCGACGUGAAGAAGGAGCCGCUGGGGCGCGCCGAGCGCCCGGGACGGCCCUGUACGCGCUUGCAGCCGGCCGGCUCAGUGUCGUCCACGCCGCUCAGCACGCCGUGUAGCUCGGUGCCCUCGUCGCCCAGCUUCAGCCCUACCGAGAAGACCCACCUCGAGGACCUGUACUGGAUGGCGAGUAACUACCAGCAGAUGAACCCCGAGGCGCUCAACCUGACGCCCGAAGACGCGGUGGAGGCUCUCAUCGGCUCGCACCCAGUGCCACAGCCGCUGCAGAGCUUCGACGGCUUCCGCGGCGCGCACCACCACCACCAUCACCACCACCACCCACACCCGCACCAUGCGUACCAGGCUGCCGGCGUGGCCCACGACGAACUGGGCCCACAUGCGCACCCGCACCAUCACCACCAUCACCAAGCGUCGCCGCCGCCGUCCAACGCGGCCAGCCCCACGCAGCAGCUACCCACCAGCCACCCCGGGGCAGGGCCGCAUGCUGCGGCCGCGGCGACGGCGGCUGGCGGCAGCGGCAGUGUGGAGGACCGCUUCUCCGACGACCAGCUCGUGUCCAUGUCGGUGCGCGAGCUGAACCGCCACCUGCGGGGCUUCACCAAGGACGAGGUGAUCCGCCUGAAGCAGAAGCGGCGGACCCUGAAGAACCGGGGCUACGCCCAGUCUUGCAGGUAUAAACGCGUCCAGCAGAAACACCACCUGGAGAAUGAGAAGACGCAGCUCAUUCAGCAGGUGGAGCAGCUUAAGCAGGAGGUGUCCCGGCUGGCCCGAGAGAGAGACGCCUACAAGGUCAAGUGCGAGAAACUCGCCAACUCCGGCUUCAGGGAGGCGGGCUCCACCAGCGACAGCCCCUCCUCUCCCGAGUUCUUUCUGUGAGUCGUGGCCGGUCUCGGCCCCCGCCCUUGCCCCGGCCCGGACUCCCCGUCCCGUGUCCCCAGUCCCGGAACCUCCCGGACCCUGUCCCUGCCACGGCCCCAGCCUUGACCUGUUUGACUUGGAGAGGGAGGAAGGGCGCGCGGGCCGCGGGCGACGGGCGGGCGCGCGGGCGGGUAGGGGAUCUCGGCCAAGGCGAGAGCAACGCGCGCCAGCGCCGCCUCCUAGACUGGAGCAGAGCCAGAGAGAGACCAGAGGGUGGGAGGUCCCAGAGCAACUUUUCUCCAGGCUGGAGGGCAGCGAGGCAUAGUCCUAAGGAGUCGCCAAGGCCGUCUGGAGACUCCUGGCUUUCUGAACUUUGCGCGUUAAGCCGGGGCCGCUUCCUCGUUGCCCGGAGCGCAGUCCGCCCGAGGAAGAGAGCAGCGAGGAGAGGAGAGGAGGGGAACCCUGGCGUACCCGCAGGCGAGAGACAAGGCUGAGCGGAGGAAGGACAGAUGGACCUGUCUUGUCCAGGGUCUGGACAACACUGGCUGUCAGCCCGGGGCCGCGGGCCUCAGUUAGGACGUUCGGCGCGCAAAUCUCAUCAGUUUUAUUGCCUGCUCGAUUAUAUAGGAAAAAAAAUAAGAAAAUCUGCAUUAAAAAUAUUAAUCCUGCAUGCUGGACAUGUAUGGUAAUAAUUUCUAUUUUGUACCAUUUUCUUGUUUAACUUUAGCAUGUUGUUGAUCAUGGAUCAUAACCCCCUUGUUUCUUUGGUUGGAAGGGAUUGCAGUUCGGAAACUCCAGCGACUGCGUGCGCUGUUCGGGUUUCAGUCCUGGCUGUUGGCUUGUAAAUACCCGCCCCGCCAAAUCGCAUAGAGAACGUGGCCGCGAGCUGAGUGUCUUUGUUUGGGUUUAUUAUUAUGACUUUUUCUUUUUUAUAUAAGUAGAGAAAUAAAAGUUCCGGGCACUUUGCAUCAGCAUCGGAAAACAACUUUUUGUCUUGGGGCACCCUUGGAAGUUGCAUGUUCUCUUCUCCUUCUCUGCCCCCCAUUCAGUCCUCUUUUUCCUCUCGCUUUAGUUUUCAGGAUUUUUUUUUUUUUGAGGGGGGGUGUUGAGAGAGGAAGAGAAAACUGGACUUCUAGCUCUCCAGUACCAGGGCAGGGCAGGACAGCUGCGGACUUCCGCACCCCGAGGCCCGAGGUACGCUUGCUCCUCUCCUAGUCUUAAGGCCAAAUUGACACCCCAACCAGAAAGGAAAGGAAAAUAGCUCUUGUUUGCUUUUUAGUGUAACCAGACUCACCCCAGGGUCCUUUUGCAACCUCCAAGGCCCUUACUAAUUGCAGCAGCCGCAGCGCUCCUAAAGGCGAGCAGCUUCGCCAGCCCGUGGUGACCUGAGCUUAUGCUGAAUCAACCGCCAUGCCCUGAAAUGUACCAAAAACCCAAACUUCGGCAAGUAAUUUUGCAACUUUCAAGUGCGUUCUUUAGAGCAACACGUUAUGUGUAUUUCUUUGCCUGCUUUUGAAAUAACAGGGCGAGUUAUUGGUGGUGUUCUUCCCCCUUCGGUUGUAUAAUAGUUAUAGGGAAAAUCUGGGUGGCUUUUUUUGUUUUGUUAUUAUUAUUUUUUUUUCCUGCAGGUCAGUAAAAGGAUUUAAGUUGCACUGACAAAAAUACCAAAAUGAAAGCGUGUUUUUUAGUCCCCAUUUGAAAUUGCUGGCGCUGCUGGCCGGAUGCAUUUUGAGUUUGUAUUAGUCGAUAAAUUAACAGUAAUAACAAGAUUGUAUGAACCGCAUGGUGCUUGCAGUUUUAAAUAUUGUGGAUAUUCGUCCUGCAUCAGAAACGAGCUUCGGUUUUUACGGAUUCAACUGUGUUGAAAUCAGACUUGCUGCAACGGAAAUUGUUUUUAUUUCAUGUAAAAUAAGGGAUCAAUUUCAAACCCUGCUUAUGAUAUGAAAAUAUUAAAACCUAGUCUAUUGUAGUUUUAUUCAGACUGGUUUCUGUUUUUUGGUUAUUAAAAUGGUUUUCCUAUUUUGCUUAUUAAAACCAUGGAAAUGGUGUUUAUUUAGAGGACUCCGUGUUCGCAUGACUUGGACUUUCUUCUCUUGCCCUUUCAACAGUUGCACCAACUUUUGGGUGCUCUCAUCCCCUUGCCCCUGGAAAAUCAAACCAAAUCUGGGCCAAUGUCUCCCUUGAGUUGCCUGAGUGAGUGUGGGUAUGUGAGCCUCAAAUGUGUUCUCUGCUUCCCACCUUAGGUACAGACCCGGGUCAGGAGCCGGCUUGUGAGCUGAGACGGUGCAGGUCCAAAAGGCUUUGGAGUCCCUAGCAGAUGCCACAUUUGUGGGGCUUCCAGGCUUUGGCAUCAGGACUGCCCUGCUAACCUAACAGCUCUGAGGCUGAGGAUGGCUGAGCCCAGGAGCUGCCACCCCCUGAGGGGAAGCUGGGGCUUUUUGGUGCUCAGCUCCAGCUGCCCCACUGCCCUCGUUCUCCCACUUGGGCUACAUGGCCCUUGACUUUCUGCAGCACAUCUCUCAGGGAGAUGCUGGAGGUGCCCAGAGUUAGAAUGCCUGUCCCUCACACCUCUCCCCCACUUACAGAUGCAGGUAGAACCCAGUUCUAGGGUUUGGGAGCAGGAAGCUUCCAGACAGGAAGCCUCUUCCUUCGGACUUUUUUCUGGGGUGACACGCCCAGGGCGCGCUGGAGGCUCAGGUCUGGGGCCUCCAGUCUUGCAGCAGAGCACUGCAUGGCUGGACCUGGAUUUUAGUGACUCCCCGAAUCCGGUCAGAGAGGGGGUCUGAAGCGUUCUUCUAAUGCAACAGCACUGUCUGCAGUCUGGAGUCCUCUGCCCGAAAGGUGGUCCACAGAACCUCUCCUUUCCCAGGCUCUUUAGGGGUGCUGGGAAGAGUGGUGCCAGCCCAGGUUACCCAAAAUCCCUCCCGCCUCCUUGGAAUCCCGGUCGAUAACUCAGGGCCCCAGACAUCUUGAAGGCAGGAUCCCCCCCAAAUCCCAGAAAGGCUUCUGUGCUCCUUUGGCAACAGCAGGCUCCGAGGGCCCUCCAGUCGCCUCAGACCCCAUUUCCUCAGUUGGGGAGGAACAGCCUGUUCUCUGGUUGGGAGCUCCUAGCAUGAAUUUACAAGAAUGGACUGGGGAGGUAGAGGAGACCUAAGGAGUGUCGUUCCAGUUGUCAGGUGCUGGAGCUGAGUAGUGCCUGAGAGAAAGAAGGGGAGUGUGAAGUUAGCAGGGAGUAGAUUUUGGCCUGGAUCCCUGGAGGCUUGGGGGUAAGGGUCUGGGCUGGGGAGGACAGGGGGAAAUACCCCCCAAACCAAGGCUGCAGAUAAUGUUAGCAGUAAUUUGCACUGUUACAGCGCUUUGGGGGAGUUUAGUAAGAAAAGGGAAUUUCCUUUGGAGGCCCAGUUCAUUUCAUCAACCCAAAGUGGUGUGUGCGUGUGUGGGGGGCGCUUUGGCUGUGAUCGGAGAGGCCGUGGGCAGCUGAGCCUGGCUGCGGGGCAACCCUGCCUUGUGUGCACAGAUGAAAGCAAAAGGUGUGAUUAGCUGGGUCAUGGCGUGUGCCAAUGCGGGACCACACAACUUGAUAGGGACAUCUCAGUGGAUACAAGCAUAUCUCCUUUGGGGCGAAGCAGGCCUCAGCGAGGUAGACCCGCUGCCCUCAUAGCCGGAAGAAACCCCACAGCUUGGGCUGAAGGGGAUCACAACUCUGGGGGUUGACGCUCUAAACUCUGUGGCCUGAGUCCCUGGGGACUCAUCCGAAGCCACUGGCAUCCUUGGCCUCAGAGUCACGCCGACUUUGUGCUUGAAAAGUCUCGGCUUAGGGGAGGCAAACAAACUCCGAAGGUGAGUCUUCCUUGGCCAGGGCGCCAAGGUACAAACACCCACCCAGUAACAGACACCAUCACUCCGUACCUAGAACAUGGGCCAGGACGGGUCAGAGUGACCAACUGCUUCUUGGAGAAGCUGGCAGCCCCACGGCAUAGCGACACACGGUCAGAAUCACAGACACCCACGUCCUGGUCCAUGCUGAUACCCACGCAGGCUCUGUGGGGCCCUGCACCAGCCCAUCAUCUGGGCACCCACAGGCCGAGGCGCACGCGGGCAGGGUCUGGCAGAGCCGGGGGGAGGCUGGGCCUCGGGAGCCCCAGCUCAGCAAGCAGGCCCGGCCACGUCUCCAUCCUCAGCCUGCAGUGGUCACCCGCGACGAUAACCCGGACCCGGCGCCCUCAAGCCCGGGAAUAUCGAGCUGGGUCCUGAGGCGGGCCCGCUGGCCCCGCUCUGGUGGCGCCCCGCAACCCUCACCCCUUUCUGUUCCCAGCCCUGUCCCUCGCUCGGGGGCUCCUCGCAGGCCUCCCCGGCCCGGGGGAGAAUUCUCCCUGCGGCAGAAGCCUUCCAACCCGCACGGGUCCCACGUAGACAGGCCGGCGCCUGCACCCGGGGACGCGCGCGGAGACCGCAGACACCGGGAGGCACACAGGGGCAACGCAGGUCCCGGGCCCGCGGCUCCUCUCCGGGGGUCGCCCUAGUCCGGUCCCAUGGGAAGCACUCCGCUUGCGACCCCUGAAUUUCUCGGGUGUGCGGUGGCUGUGCCCGUGAGACCCGCGGCGCCACCUUCAGCCGGGCGGGUCGGGAGGGCGCGGCGGCGCUUCCCGGGAGCUCCAGUCCUUCCACGUGCCGCGCACUCUCUCUUUGCCAUUUCCCAUUCCUUCAAACCUCUUUUCGCAACCUCUUUCAUUUCAGAAAACUUUCUCCCGCGUUUUCUUUUCUGCCUUUUAUACCGGCGCUGCCUGGUGGGGAAGGGCUGUGGGAGCCGGCGCUGAGGUGUCUGGUAUGUGCGGGAUGAUGAGGAGGGACCGAGGUGGAGGGGCUGGAGUCCCUGGAGCCACAGCGCAGCGCUGGUGCCAGGGGCACCUGCUUGGGGAUCUCCCCUUUACUACUCCAGCUCCUCAGCCUUUCCUUCCGUCCAGGAGCUCUGGGCGGCAGGGCUGUCUGCGGCUGGUAGGAGCAAGGUCCUUGCCGGGGCCUGGAGGCAAAGCUGGGCUCUCCGUGAGACCCAGGUAUCCUUCACUCCCAGCCAGGCUUCCCUUGGUCCAGGUCUCUGGGUUUUUCUGUGACAGGGCAACCCCUUUCCUGUCAGGUGGUGGCCGAGUCCUAAGCACCCACUGUGGCUUGAGCCUGUCCACCUACUGGGGGAGCUGUUAGUAACCAGGCAAACACACCAGGCUGACCACUUGACUUUUUUUGUGACCUGGAGCUGCAGCUUCUGCACCCACUGCCACACUAGGCAAGGAAACCCCACCCUACCCCCAACCCUAACAAAGAAACAAAAAAUCCCUUUUUCUCUCAGAGCCCUGGACACAACUAGGUUUAGGGAUUUUAGUUACUCCCUUGCAGGCAUUCAGAUGUAACAUGUGCCUUCUGGGCCUUUCAGUUUUCAGGAAGAAAGACUCUGAACUGGCUUCUUGCAUAACCCUUCCCUCCGCAGCCAGAGAUCUGAUGGCCUGGCCUCUCAUCCCACAGACAGUGUGUUUGGAUUUGUUAUGUAAGAAAGGGGAGGAUUAGAGGUUUGCUCUGCCCAUCCUCCCCACCAAAAUAAAAGUCCUAAAAUGGCACAUCCUAUUGCCAGCAUCUUUUCCAGCUGCAAAAACAAUCACAACACCCAACCCAUGUCUUUAGUGGACCCUACAGGACAGAGUAGAACGGUCCCAUAGGGUUUCCAAGGCUGUAAAUUUUACGGGAGCAGACUGCCACACACAUUUUUCUCCUGCAGAGUGGCUAGUGGGUUUGAACUGCUGACCUUUAGCUGAGAGCUUACCACUGCACCACUGCACCACUGCACCACUGCACCAACCAACCAAUGGUGCCGUCAAGUGGAUUCCAAGGAGGAGCUGCUGGAUCAGAACUGCCAACAUU